AUGGAAGCAGAGCUAGCAAAAGAGCUGCGUGAAGCUACCGACCAGCUCUUAGACCUUGGACCCUUGAAACCUACCGCGUUCACACCCUCACCUCACCUACUGCAAAGGCGACAAGCGACACCAAUCAAGGCCGUUGUACCUUCUCCAACGGUACUGCCAGCAUCUUCUGCAACGUCCAAGCUUGAGGUCAUCUACUCGCCCACCGAUGUUCGACCUUUUCACUGGCCUGCUCCACCAACGUCUGCGCAAAGCAGAGAUGUGCAAGACAGCCCAUCCAUUUUGUCAGCAGGUAGAUCAGAUGAGCCAACCAAGGUCGAACUCGGAGGUAGCUUGCUAGAUGACGCGGAUGACAAUCUCCCAGCAAGAGGGCUGAGCAGUCGAAUGGAGUCGUUCAAGGCUGCUACCGCUCAGGCAUCGAACACGACAGAUUCCGUCGUGUCGCGUCUGCUAGACAACAUCGACGGGCAGGAAAGAUCAGCUUCGCCAAGUAAGCUGCGAGUGCGCACACCUAUCAACGACAUCUACAUCAACCAAUAUGGAGAGCGUAUAGUCAAUGGCAAAGUGGUCGGCCGAAUCCUAGGGGGCAGACCGCGUCCAGCCUCACGAAAUCAAGGCACCCCGCAGCCAAGCGGAAGCACCUCGACGGACCGAGUCUUGAGCCCGAAUCCAGCACGCUCAUCAUCGCCGCUCCGCCCUCCUUCCGACAAUGCGUCUGCUUCAGAAAGCGGGGCGAAAGCAAACGCGACCAGCCCGCCCGCGUUCUUCCUCGAAUCCUUCCCAGAUGCCUUCUCACCAGCACCAACUCCUACUCUCCCAGCACCCUCCUCUUCCCCAGGCAAGAAGAAAGAACGCAGACCCUCAGCAGGCCAUCGACCACCUAGCAUUCUCAAAGGCCCUCGAGCUGUCUCUGGAGCACUCAUCCUCUCUCAUGAUGACGAGUUCAACGAAGCGGUUAUGGUUCGCCACGCAAGUUUCCACAGCACGGCGUCUGACUUUGGCUCUCCUUCAUCGUCUUCCUCCAAACAACUCUCGCUCUCGCCAAUACCACGGAAAGCAAGACUGUCUUCCACAUCUUCGAGGGUAGAUGCUGAUGCAGAGGUCACCACUGCACUCAAAGGCUUGCAACUACAGGGUGUGGAAGCUGCUGUGGAGGAGGACGAGGGCAAGGGGUUGUUGUCACCGAAUCAAGGCGGGUCAAUGGUGGACAGUACGAGAUUGAAGAUCGAAUUGCCGACGAUGAGGAGGUCGACACCGACGAUUGAGUUGAGUCAGGCGAAAGUGGAGACGGUGGUGCUUCACGGGAAUCGAAGACAGGCAAGGGCGUCAGGUUUUGUGGUCGACGCGGAUACGGACAGUGGCUCCUGGAAUGGGUCGCCGGCUAUGUCUACCCUAACAAGGACUUUGGCCUUGCCAUCUUUGCAGCCUCGCACUCCCAGCACCGACGACAUCUUCGAGCCAAUAAGCGGGACAAGAUCAGCCGAUCCAGCGCAACGAGACAAUCCUUGGGUCGCGUCCGAGCCUACGAGGCAUCCACGCCAUGGAUCAGCCUCAGAACCAGCCAGCCCACUCAGGUCAUCACGAAGUCUCGACAACCUGCUAGCGGCCGGGGACAAUGCUGCAUCCGAUGACGGCGACAAAGCAUCCCUCGUCUCCCUCCCAGUCUCCAACCUUACCUCUUCCUCCCGUUCUGCAUCUCACACAUCCAUCGAACGUCGAUCUCUCACCUCCCGACGUCGUUCCUCCUCCCAUCGUCAUUCCUCAUCCCCAACCGAAGUCUUUGCUCGUGAGGUCCGCAUUCGAGGCUGGUCAGAAGUAGGCUCCCAAGCUCGUGGUUGGGUAGUUUUCGAACUCCGCAUCCUCACGAAACAAGGAACUGCCAUCAUCACACAUAAACGUUUCUCCUCGUUCCUCAAACUCAGACGGACUCUGUUGGAGGAAUGUAAAGACCAAGCGAAAUGGUUGCCUCAACUACCGACAAGAAGAACAGGCUUGUUGAGCAAAUACGAUGCAAAGUAUCUGGAAACGAGGAGGAGAGCACUGCAAAGGUGGUUGGAGACUGUUGCGUUGGACAGAGUUUGGGGUGGAAGUGAGGGGUUCAGAGAGUGGGUGUUGGAUGGUGAUUAG